ACGUGACAGAGAAGACAUCUUAAAUAUGGCCGAUCAGUGGAGGCUAACAACACCAGAUUUAUUGAGUCAACUCGCGACUCUUGCGUUUUUAAACGGCGGAGAAGAAGGCAAAAACCUGUAUCAAAGCUAUCUUGUCGGGCGCACAGGUUAUGAAUUCUACCAAAGACUAAAAGAUAAUACGCCUCGCAGCGAGGCUGAUAUCCUUCGGGAAGAAACAAUCAAAAAUGUUGCGGAAUAUGUAAAGAAGAAUCCCAAAGCAUCAGAAACACAGCUACGAAACGAAUUGACAAAGCAAAUAAAAACAUUUGCUGAAAAAGUAGCUGCGUUGGAAAAAAAAUGAAAAUUCUGAUGUUACAAUGGAACAUUGAUUUCAAUAUAAAUUAUUGCUGUAAAUAUAAAGUUCUAAUUGAGAAGCUUAGUGUGGGGUUCCAAAGAAAUGAAUCUCCAUUUUAAGAAACAUGUUACUUUCCAAUCUUUAUAGUUAUUAAGUGGGAAACAAUGUGCUAGAACUGUGUUCAGUAAAUCUUGUAAUCGAAUGUUUAUAACAAUUUUAAAACUUAGCAUUCAUGUAUGCUUCAUUCAAAGUGAUAUAUGUGCAGUAUUUUUGCACACAUUGCUGCUAUUAUUUUACUAAUCACUCCAGUAAGUAUGUGGCUGUUUUUUCAAUGUAUCUAAAAAAUGUGUAAUAAUUGCUAAUAUACAUGUAGUCAGAUUGUUUUGUAGUUAAUAAGGUGCAUUUAUAAAUCUGCUUGUAAAUCAUCAUUGCAAAAUUGACUGUGAAAUUCCUCACAUGAAAAGUGUAUUAAAAUUCAUCUGUAGAUA